UUACAGAUCUAAUUUUUCCCGCGAAGUAGUAAGCACCAUUCUUUUCUUCGACAAAAAUCUAGAACAUGACAAUUUCAAAGGAACUUUUAUAUAUUUCGCUCGUCGCGGAAGGAACAAGUAGCAAUGUCAUUAAGUUCAGCCUCACGUCUAAGUCCUGGAGAUUCUAUUGCCGAAAUUGCUAGAAAUGUAGCGACGGUAUUUGCACGUGGGCGUGCCAAGCAGCUGGACCCGCAUUUACGAUCAGAAUUAGAAAACGAACUUGGAAGAUUCAAGAUUUGGGCAGGCAGCUUGGGAGUUUUUGCUCCUGGCCGAGCAUCUGCGGAUUACCGACUUCGUGAUGAUGAUGAUGUUAAAGAGGUCUUGAUUCAAAUGUUAGAUCGCCUGAGACAAAGCACGAAACAAGCAAUGGAUCCACCGGUGAUAUUGGAGGAGGAGGAAGAGAAUGAACAAGAUGAUAGCUCAAGUGAAUCAUCGGAAGAUUCGAUGGCCAUUAGCUUGGAUAAAGAUUCCGAUGUGGGAUCCGAUACGGAUGAUAUUCCCGUCCCUCAGAAUGAUGUCGUAGCCACAGCUCUCGAAACGAUUAAAGACACCAUUAAUCGACUGUAUAGACUUUCAACCAUCAUCAAAAAACCUAGUUCGUCGAAUGAAAACGUGAAAGUGGCGAACUUCAUAGCGAAGGAAGAAGAAUCUGAAAAUCUCAAGGAAUUCCAAACUUCCGUUAGCUGGCAAAUAAAGUUCCGACUCCCUGAUGCUUCACCGGCCUUACUAGAUAGAUUAAUUGAGGCUGCAGUAUUUCGACGGAAAAAGCUAGAAUACCGUGAGCGUCAUAAAGAAAAGCUAAGACAGGGUGUUGAGCAAUCAUUCGCAGCCGACUUGACUGUUCUUCUUCUGCCCAAGGAUACAAAGCUUCGACUACUCGGAUAUGAGCGUAAAGCUACUCCAGUCAUGAGACAGCAAUCAGGUUCAGCCAGAGGUUCUUUGAAUACAAUACAGUAUUCUGCUACGGAAGCUUCAUCAGUCAAUCGCCUCAAGUUUGCUUCAUAUCCGAAGUCGGUGGCACCUUCGGGAAUCACUAAGUCGGCGAUUGCUCGCCGAGAACACUUAGAUAUUCCUGGUCCACCCUCCAAGUCGAAAGGAGAAUCCAAGGAAGUAGUUUGUCCCUAUUGCUUCCGUAUUGUUGAUAAGGAAGAUAUGGUUCAAGCUCGUUGGAAGUGAGUAAAUACAUGAUCCAGGAUUACGCACGAUUGAGGCUAAUUGUUCCCAGGCGACACAUACUUCGAGAUAUAGAACCAUAUGUGUGUCUUUUUGAUGGGUGUGAAAAAUCAAUAGAAUGCUUUGCAACGGUAGAUGACUGGAUCAACCAUAUGCAAUGGCAACAUGCCGUAGUAUGGUGUUGUCAAGUUGGGGGUCACGAAUCAACUAUCUAUCAUUCUGAAGAAGAUUUCAAACAGCACUUACGUCAGGAGCACGAGAAUUCUUUCAAUGAGUCUCAGCUUUCCAUGAUUGUUAAAAAGGCAGCGCAGCCUGUUCAAGACCUUUUCGGCACUUUGGCUCUCACGUUGAAUGAAAAUGAAAGAGGGGACGAAAGAGCUGGAGCUUGUCCGCUCUGUCCCUUUUCCGUGGAGAUCUCAGAGGAUAACCAAGUACCAGACAGCUUGGAGGUAGCGAAAACGUCAAGACCAGCAUCCAAAAAGCUUUGUGAUCACAUAGCUGCACACAUGGAAGCCAUCGCCCUCUUAUCACUACCGGAACGCGACGAUCUCGACGAUGCGGACACGAAUGAACGAGAAUCGGUGAAUACCUAUCAAAGUCUCGAUCAAAACGCAAUGGAUCUGCCACCAGUCGCAUCGAUUAUUGAUAAUGAGAACGACGAAGCAACUCCUGAUCCUAUUCAACCUCCAACAGAACUCGAGAGCUCAGAGUACAUGUCGAGAGAUGACUGGAAUUAUGUAUUUGAAGAUCAACGUGUGAAUUCAGGACAAGAUCUCGAGCCUGCUCAAGAUCCCACACUGCAAGAGUUUGUACGAAGAGCCAGGCGCGCGGAAAUGUUUCGCAGGUGGAAAAUUGAUAGAAUUCCUUCAAUUGUUGUUUAUAAUCCGGAUGGACUAGAAAUUCGACCUGUUGUCCAGGAAAAUUCUGCGUCUUUCCUCACGGACGAUGUACCCAGUAUAAUUGUGAGCCGGGAAGGCGACUCUCAAGAUGCGAGCCUGAAUUUAUCAGAAGCAUUUCCAAGUAUAAACGUGGGGUCACAGCGAGAACAAGAGCCUCCAGGCAUAGUUCUGCACACACCAUCUGGCUUUAGCGUUAUAGCCAAAGGUCCAGAUUAAGUAGACGGGGCUGUCAUGGAGGAGGCAGACAGAGCUUAUCGCGAAAAUGUCACCGCUAGGAGAAUUGUUGAAGAAGAGCAGCGUUCUGUCGUCGACAAAUGGAACGACUAGUGUGGGCAAAAUAAUAGUUGAUGACAACUUUCCAUUUCCAAUUAGACGUUUGUGCCCAUCUCCUCGUCUCGGUUUCUGAAAUAUCUAAACACGGAAGCGCAUGAUGAUCUACACUAGUCACCGUGUUUGGGUAAAGCCUUCAAGCCUUACUAUUUGGACACCCGUGAUCGAAGGGAUUAAACCUUUCUGGAUGCCGCGAAUCAGUUAGGAUUAAAUGGAGGACAAAAUUGUAUCAAGAUCAUUGAGAUCUAUGUUGACAACGGGAUCUCAGUGCCAGAAAUUUGAUUCUUGGAAAAUAUGUAUAUGGACAAGCGCAUCAUCGAUCGUCAACUUUAGCUCCAUCGCGUAUGCCUGUUUGCGAUGUCAAAACGGUAUUUUAUUAUGGGUAGUUAAAUAUUUCAGACGCACUUUUAGCAGUUACGUCUGACGGGAGUAUAUCAAUGGCACUUGGUCAUUUCAACCUCCACCAACAUUAUCUUCCGAUAAACGACUUGCGGGCAGUCUUUGGCCCGAUUAUAUACAUAGAUCGACUAUUUUCAUGCAAUAUCUUCUGAAGAGAAGGAAUGUAAGUGCGGCUGAGCGGAUUUAUACACUACGAUACUUUUGUCUUAUCUAAGAAUGGGGUUGGACAUAUAUAACUCCAGAAAGUUAUGUUUGAAUUGUCAUCUUUAUUCAUCUACACUA